AUGCCCCCAUUGCGUGGGACCGGCCGUGGCCGUAAUAGGACGGGAACUGUCCCCACCGUCCACAUCAAAUGCGGCCUCAAGGCGAAGAGCAGCGCGAAGCCACGCACGUUUGAUGAGUACUACGGCGAAAUCUACGGUGAGCGUUGGCCCACCCUUCGCGCUGCCAUGAUAGAGGCGCCGCGCAAGGUGGCGCUGUGGAACCGCUUCUCCCAGGUCCCCUUCGAGGAGGCGACGCGAGGGUUGUCACGAGUGGAGCCCAACUCCCUCAUCCAAGCUUUUCAACCCAUCCAGAAGACCAACUCAACAGAAGCCCCCGGCACGACGGAUCGUGGCAUCAGCGACGACGACGAAGCGAAGCCGCAGGAGAAGGUCGUUGCCGCAGCGGCUGGCGAGCUGCUACACCCGAACGGCGUAAUCGACAAACCCCCCAUCGAUGCCUUUGGCAUCAAGGCGUACUACCUGCUCGACUACGCCUCGGCGCACGUAGUGGAGCAGCUGCAGGUCGGCGCAUUUGACACGGUGCUGGACAUGUGCGCCGCCCCUGGCGGAAAGUCCAUCGCCGUUGCGCAGUUUCUCUCACCUGACGGAGCGCUCACGUGCAAUGAGACCCGCGCCGACCGUUGCGCACGGCUUCGGCGGAAUUUACAGGAACACGUGCCCGUGAACUACGUGCCGUGGCGAACGACGCAGCGCGAUGCGCAGACAUGGUACGACCCAGGGGCCUUCUCGCGCGUUCUCGUCGACGCCCCGUGCUCCUCGGAGCGGCACCUGCUUCAGCAGUCAGGCGGCUCGCCUCUGUCUUUGCGAGAGUGGUCUGAGGAGACGACAGCUCAGCUCGCCGCUCUUCAGCGGAUGCUGCUGCAGCGCGCCAUCGAAACGUGCCGCGUUGGCGGCCGCAUCGUUUACAGCACGUGCUCUAUCUCACCUUUGGAGAACGAUGGGGUUGUGGGUGAGGUACUGCAGCGCACCAGGUGCGAGGUCAAGGUAAUCAAGACGUCGUCCGCCACUGCUGCUGCCCCUGUUGCCCCGCCGAAGACCGCAACCGACGCCAGCGAAUCGGAUGCGUCUGGUGCAGAGGCGUGUGGCUUGCACACGCCAACUGUGCUCGGCGAGGCGACGGCGUACGGCCGCCUACUGUUGCCCGACGCUUGCCAUGGCUGGGGCCCAAUGUUUUUCUGUGUGCUGGAGAAGACCGCCGAGCACAAAGACGUGUCCUCCUCGUCUGCGGAUGACGAUGACUAG